UAUUAAUAUUAAUGUUAAACGAUUAUCUACAAAAAAAGGAUCUUAUCUAGAAGUUGGAUUUGAUAAACAAAUAUUGUAAUCACAGUUACUUAUAAUCCUUAUACAAAAGUGCUGAAAUUAAGUAGGUACGUUAUUACGGCGUGAUUGCUACAGUGAUAUUUUUGGUUUUGAGAAGUUAUAAGGAUGAACAGGGAGAAAAUAGAUUACAAACCCCUAAAGAUGAUCGACAAAGUCACCAUCACCCUUUCUGAAUUUCUUGGAACGGCGGUGCUACUUUUCGUGGCAUGUAUGGGAUGCGUGCCGAAUUCACAAAAUGAACUACUUCCGGAAAGCGCAGCUAUAGUUUCCGGUCUGGCUGUCAUGAUUACCAUAUUUUUAUUUGGGCACAUAUCUGGGGCGCACGUUAACCCUCUUACAUCCAUAAAUGCUGUAAUAGUAGGACAAAUUUCAUUCAAACUCUUGCCCUUUUAUUUACUCGCGCAGCUUACUGGAGCAUUGAGUGGAUAUGGAAUGUUAAAAUACGUUACGCCCGCAUACCGUUUAGAAUACACCGAAGGAAAUCACGGAGUCUGUGCGACCGUACCUCACACCGAUUUAACAGCUGCGCAAGCGUUAGUGGCCGAAAUAAUAUUUUCGCUGAUUUUAUCAUUCGCCAACUGCUCCAGUUGGGAUCCUCGUAAUGUAGAUAAAGCUGAUUCAAUGCCCCUCAAAUUUGGCUUCCUUGUUGGAACUCUGAUCAUGGCUGGAGGAACGUAUACCGGUGCCAGCAUGAAUCCAUUCAAAAGUUUCGCUCCUGCUGCAUGGAAUAAUGAUUGGGAAAGACACUGGGUUUAUUGGGUAGGGCCACUCACGUCAGCGGUUGCUGUUCCUAUCUGUUACAGAAUGUUGGUGUUAAAAGGUAAAAAUUGCCAAAUAGCCAUCGAGGAUCCUCUUCAAUAGCCGUUGAUAAAAGUAUUUAAUUAUUACAAUUUUUAGAUCUCAUAACCAUAACCAAAUAAUUAUACUAUAAACGUCUACAUUAGAAAAAAAUACUGUUUAAAUUGGAGUUAGACUAUCUAUUCUAA